UGGCUGCCGUGCGGCCGCUCGCCUGCUGGGAACGGAGAGGGCCGGGCCUGUAGCCAGCGCCAUGGCGGCGGCAGGAGCGGGAGUUGCAGCGUGCGGCGGCGAGCGAGAGGCGGCGGCCUCAGCGGCGACCGCCACCCCCUUUGUGGUGGGGACCCCCUGUGCGUUCUCUCCCAACGAGCGGCGCUUGCUGGCUCUCUCCGGGCCGGACGGGCGGCUCCGCGUGUGGGAGACACCCAGCAGCCGCCUGCAGCACGAGUACGUGCCCUCUGCCCACCUCAGCGCCGCCUGCACCUGCCUGGCCUGGGCCCCGCCGGGCGCGGGGGCAGCAGGAGGCGGCAGGCCGUCCCCUAACAAGGAAGGCCCUCAGAGGAAGAAGAGGAAAUCUGAAGCUGUAGAAGCAGAUGAAAAGUUAGAUCUUUUAGCUAUCGGUACCGCUGUUGGCAGCAUUUUAUUAUACAGCACAAUAAAAGGAGAAUUACAGAGCAAACUAGAUGGCCAUGACAAUAAAAUAAACUGUGUACGGUGGCAUCAAGACAACGGUUGCUUAUAUAGCUGUUCGGAUGACAAAAAUAUUGUGGAAUGGAACACACAGACAUGCAAAGUGAAAUGUAAAUGGAAAGGAGACAACAGCAGCGUGAGCUCAUUGUGUAUCAGUCCUGAUGGGAAGAUGCUUCUUUCUGCUGGUCGAUCUAUCAAAUUAUGGGAUUUGGAGACCAAAGAAGUCUACAGACAUUUCACAGGACAUGCCACAGCAGUUUCAACACUUGCAUUCAUCACAGUAAGGCCUCCCAAUGAAAACCAACCUUUUGAUGGGAUUACAGGGCUCUAUUUCUUGUCUGGGGCAGUGCACGACCGGUUACUGAGUGUGUGGCAGGUGAGGUCAGACAGGAAAGAAAAGAAUGCUGUGAUGUCUUUCACAGUUACAGAUGAACCAAUCCAUGUUGAUCUCACAGUAUCAGAAAGUAAAGAAGAGCCUGUGAAACUAGCAGCUGUAUGCAGAGAUGGGCAGUUGCACUUAUUUGAGCAAAUCUUGAAUGGGUACUGCAAAAAGCCCUUGACAUCAAGCCGUACUAUCCAGAUAGCAACUCCUGGGGAGGGUACUGAUUCCACACCAAAGCCAGUUCCUAUUCUGUCUGCUGCAUUUUGUUCAGACAAGCAAACCUUGACACUUGUGUAUGGAAAUUCCUUACAGCCUGUCAUUGAGAGAGUGUCCCUCAAUACUUCAGAAUCUCACACAUGCUUGAUAAGGGAUGUUCAGAAGACCAUGGCACUUAAAACAGAAAUGGCUGUAACAAAGGUGAAGACUCCCGUAGUGAACUCAGAAGUCAAAAUGCUAAUGCCUGGAAUUCCUGGACAUAGUGCAGCUAUCAAAUCUUCAUCUUGCAGAGAGAAAAUUGAAAGUAAAAGGAAGCCAGGUGGCAAAGAGGAGAGCAUUGAAGACCGCCUUGGCGCAAUGGAUAUUGAUGUGAUGAAGAUAAAGUCACCAUCAGGAGGCCUUCCGCAGACAGACAAUUUUGCAGUGCUCUUAGUUCAGGGUUUGGAAAGCAGUGAUCCUGAGAUCUUAAAUAAAGUGCUUCAAGUCAGGAAGGAAGUGUUAAUAAAGAAAACAGUAGCCAGAAUACCUGUACAUGCGGUCAUUCCACUAUUGCAUGAGCUCACAAAAAGACUGCAAGGUCACCCAUACAGUGCCUCACAAAUGGUUCGAUGGCUGAAGUCUGUUUUAACUAUGCAUGCAUCUUACCUUUCAACAUUGCCCGAUCUGGUCCCCCAGCUGGGAAUGCUAUAUCAGUUAAUGGAGAGCCGAGUGAAGACUUUGCAGAAGCUCUCUCGCUUACAUGGGAAACUCUAUCUUGUUAUCACCCAGGUUGCUGCAUUAGAACAGGCUCAGGAAAAAACAGAUGUUAACCAGACAGCAAAACUGGUGUAUGAAGAAGAAUCAUCAGAGGAAGAUUCAGAUGAUGAGAUAGCUGCUGAAAAAGAUUCAGAUGAGAACUGGGAUGAAGAUGAAGAUGAUGAGGGAGAGGAAAGUGAGGAGAAAGAUGAGGGAGAGGAACAAUCAAACAACGAGCAAGAAAUGGCUGUAGAAAAAGAAAUCAAUGGAGAAUCAGAUUUGGACCCAGAAAAUGAAAGUGAAGAAGAAUAGCACAUACUUUUAAAAGAAACCAAACUUAUUAGAAAGAGCUGGCCACCAAAACUUUAAUGGAUCACCAUGCUGAAAACUGCUUGCUUCACACAAGGACUCAGUACUUGGUUGACAAAUGUGGAUGGGCAUACUGGGACACUAUUUCCAAGCUCACAGUAUAACCAUGCCAGCCACCUUCAUUGCUGUGCCCCAAGGCCCAGUGGAUGGUAAUCUUCAGCAUUUGUUCUGUCAGUUCCUAAUUCUGAAGGAUUGAAGACCACUCUUAUCUUAAACUCCUUUAGUUAGUACUUGCCAGUUGGCUUCUUGCUACCUUUUCUGGAAAGAAAAAUAUUUUUGUAAGAUGUAAUGCUUCGGACUUACUGAUAGUUUGCCACCUUGCCCACUUCCAUCCCUCUUUAGCAGAAAUGUUCAUGCCUUGGCAAUGAAUCAGUGUCAUCCAGGUUGAAAAACCACAUUUUCUUUUAAAAACCAAACUGACUUUUUAUAUAUGUCUGUGUGUAAAUUGGUCUCUUUUUUUCUUGUACUUCUAAAAAAUCAACAACAAAAAACCCCUGUUGGGCUCAUUGGUGGUUCCUGACUUCUGUUUUAACUGAGCUUGUAUAUAAGUUUAGUGGUGAUCCAGAGAGAAGUUCAUGUUUGCAAGGGUAAGGAUUUAAAAACAAAAUAAUGAAAGGUAGGACAGAUGCUUGUGAAUAUGUAACACAAAGCCUAUACAUUUAUUAUGAAUUUUUAAUCUUAGGGGCAGAAAUAAGGUUGCUAUUAGUUCAGUUAAGCUUAAUCAGUAUAAACAGUUUUUAAGAACAAGGUUAGGUAACAGUUUUGAGCCAUUCACCAAUAAAAUGUACAGUUAUAUUUGUCUAUAAUUGGAGCUGUUGCAACCAAAUACUGCCCUCUUUGUAAAGUGAAUAAAUAUACAUCUCCUUUA